GUCUCUUGGUGGGCUGGCCUGGGCGGUACCGCCGGUGGGGAAGGGGCAGGGGAUCCUUCUCCCCAGGCAGCAGCGCUCCGCCGCGCCGGCCGAGCCCCGCCUAGAGCUGGCGGGUGCCCAGCGGCCCGGGCGGCUCCUGUGGCACUGGAGAGCCCCGGUGGGCAGCCCCGUCGUGCCGCGCGUCGGCCUCGAUCCCUGCCGAGGCCGCAGCGGCCGCAGGCCUGAGGGCGAGCAGCCGGCACUGCUGAGGAGACGGGCUGCCCUGCCCUGCCCUGCCCUGCCCUCUCCUGCCGGGGGAGGAACCAGAGAGCGAGGCAGCAAUGCCCCCGCGAAGCCCCACAGCUUCACUUCUGAACCGUGUCGGGGGGUGGAAUGUCAGCAUGCGGUUGCACCGCGGGAGUGGGGCAUAAUGUUUUUAACAACAGUAUUACUCCGAAAGAGAAUUCCUGGAAAACAAUGGAUUGGAAAGUACAGGCGACCAAGAGUGGUUACCCUUUCAAUGAAGCAAGCAAUGAUCCGAAGGCUGGAAAUUGAAGCAGAGAAUGAAUAUUGGCUGAGUCGACCUUACCUGACACGGGAACAGGAGUACAAACAUAACACAGAAGAGAGACAGGCAAAAUGGGAAGCUUUCAAAAGGCUGACAAAAGCCAAGUUUCCUGAGCAUAGAUACAUCAGUGAUCAUUUAAACCACUUAAAUGUGUCAAAAAAGUGGACAUCUUGAUUAAUACAGCGUAUUUAUAUUUGGCAUGUAUUACGCACUACCAUGGGAUCUGCUGUUGUACUUAUUACGGUAGUUUUGUAACUCAGUAUAAUAAGGGUAGAUGACAAAUGAGACCUUGCUACGGUAUACAAAAUCUUACAUUAAAAGUAGUCCUACAGAACAGUAUAUGUUUUCUUAUUAUUGUCUUUUUCUAAAGAGACAGUUCUUUCUGUGGCUCUCUACCAUCUGCCUGCCUUCUGUUCUUCAGGGGUUUUGCAUAGAACUGUGAGUUACCAAGUGCAGUGCUGAUGAUUUGAACUAGAUGUAUAGCUUCACUGUUUUCCUUUCAAAAGCUAGAACACACCUGCUCUGUUGAAAGGGAUUAUCUGCUGGUACUGACCAGAUGGCUCUUACUGGUCACUCUCCCUUCUGAAGGGAUACUUCUGUAGAGAUCAAUACUGGAGACACAACUGAUACUAUGUAGGUAGUGCUCACUUCAUCAGGCAUGCAAGGACCAAGAUGAACUAGAAUUACUCAGGUGUAUGAGGCUUGAAUUCAUGGAAGAUUGUAAAAUGUUCCAGUUUUUUUAAACUUUCUGGAAAGAAUUGCUGAAUUUAAAUGCCAGUGUCAUUGUCAUGUCAGUGUCAACUUGGAUGUUGCUGCCCUCUUACAGAGAUUAUUCCUGAUCUAAAAGGAACAUAGCUGAUUCCUGUUUGAGUGGCAGUCUGAUUUCUAAGUCACAUUUAGUGUCCUGAAGGAAUACAGUCAGCCACAAGUCAGAGUUUUUUUUAUUUCCCCUCUCAAGACCAAGUGACCUAGAAGAUGUGUCAAGAAUGAGUGUAGUCUCAGGUUUGUUGCAGGUGGAGUGUAAAAUCUGUGGAACAGUUACAAAAUGUUUCCCAGGUAGGCAGUUUUUCUCACCAGUAUACACACAGGCUACAGCUAAGCAAUUUUCAGAUUCUUUCACAUACUUUUAUUAAGUUGAUGUUGCAUUCAGUGAUGAAUUCAAGUGUCAAGUCCAUUCAUAUUUUGUCACUUUGGAAAAGAGGCCUAAAAUGGUACAACAUUUUUAUUUAAACAUGAACUAUACUUCAGAGAAGUAUGAACAGGUCUGAACACUGAUGUACAAAAUCUUGAAUGCACUUUUAAUGGUUAUAAAUGGCUUAAGAUAGAUAACAUUUAUGGAGAAGUAUACAUAUGGGGAAAUUGCACAAUACAAUUAAAACAUGAAGGAACUUCCAGGCAAAGCAUUGUGAUUCUGUAUUUAAUUAAUUCAUUUAUAAAAGCCCAUUUUAAAAAGUUAACUUCAAGUAUUAAACUAUAAAUGGCAACAUGUUUCUCUGUGCAUAGGACUAGUCCUAUCUGUAACAUACCAAAAAUACAGUAAAUGUGUCGUUAUUACAUAUAUCUUUUACACUUCACCUCAAACUUAAAUACAGCUCAUUACAAGUUUAGGUAGCACAAUUAAAAAUGACUACAUGGAAGCAGAACAACUGGGACAUUGUGAUUAGUGCAAAUGUUGAUGACCCUUGCUGGCAAAUGCAAAAAUAAUUGCUGAGAUAACCCAGCGAUAUUUAAUUCAUCUCAGUUAAAAAGGGGACGGGGAGAGGGGGCAGAUUUAACAGCAGGUUUGCUGCCUGUUUCUGUGAUGAUAGUUUUAUGAUUGUAAAUUGUCAUUCAGAAAGAUUUAAGUUUCUCACAAUAAAGCUGAUUGAUAGUAACAGGUUAAGGGACAGGAGAAAUCGGAGAGGAACAUGCUAAGCGUGUAAGUGGUCAGCUAAGCAAUGUGAACGGAAGGGAAUGUGCCUGUCACCAUUAAUGCUUUGGUGCCAAUAGAGGUGAUCCCAAUGCUUCAUCCCCAACGCACCUGCUUGACUGCUGAGCAUGUGCUCUCUGUUUCUUGGGGCAGGGGAUGGGAAGAAAGAUGGGGAACCCCCCCAAAACAAAGCAAGCAAUCCUGUAAACAUUAUCAGACUUCACUACCUAAUGGAAACAAGAUUCAAGUAAUUGCUGCAGAAAACAAACAGCCAAACACCAGUUUUCAUCAGCAUUAAAACUAACUACAACUUGCAGCUUCAUUACAUGUCAUGACAGUUACAUAAUUAAGAAAAAUGCAUAUAAAAAGCUGUUGAUAUAUACAAAAUAAAUUGAUAGAAAUGAGUGUAGUAAAUGUGUUCAGUAUUAUAACAAAUCACUAUAUGCAGCUGCUCUCUUUGGUGCCAUUUAGGGAUAGAAGAGCCUCUGAUGUUGCAUACCUAGCUAUUUUUUAGGUACUGUGACAGAUGUGUUCUUGAUCUGCACUGAGUUAAAGUAGCUGCUGUUUGGAGCCUCUGUAAACACAUACCUGAAUCCCCCAAUCACAGACAAUUUUAGACAGUGUCGUCAGAGAAUGUACACUAUGAAGCUCAAAGCUGUAGUUUGGUUUUGUGUUUUUUUUUU